AUAAUCUUCCUCUCCGUAUCAUCAAUCAAAAAAGAAAAAACGAAACUCCUCUCAAAAAAAAAAAAAAAAAACUCAAACCCAAACCCCUCUUCCUCUCCCAUCUCCCAAUCUUCGUCCUCUUCCUCUCCGUCUCGCCACCUCGCCGGUGUCCGCCGGUGCCGGUGGUGGUGCGGAAUGGAGGAGGGGAGCUCGUCUGCGGCGGAGGAGCUGGCGCGGGGGUGGGUCAUACUCGAUCGCGUCGCGUGCGUGGACGACGAGGAAGAUCCGCGGGAGGUCGCCCUCAACGUCGCCGAGCCGCCGCGUCUGUCGACGCUCACCGUGCCGGCCAAGUUCCACGCUCUCCCGAGCAACCCGGACGAGCUACCGUACGUCGCCGCCGCCGACCCCUUCGGCCUCCUCGUCCACACCGCGGCGAGCCCCUCCUGCGGCCUCAACCUCGACGACGACCCACCCGGUAGCUUCGCCGUGCUUCGCGAAUUCCUCCCCGUCGGGGCCAGCAACCCCCACGAGGCCACCGGAAUCGCCGAGCGUGUCCCGGAGCGAGUCGGCGGAUCCGUGCCCCACAUCUCCAACCUCAAGAACGUCGGCUUCCUCACCUCCCCUGGAACCGGCGGCAAGGACUACGCCAUCGCUGAGUUGCAGAUCGAGGCCGGCGCCGAACUCGCCAAGCUGAUUGUCUUCCGUUCUGGAACUCCCGCUUGGGCAGUGAGUCGUCUCAUCCGCCCUGAUAUGCCCGGACGAAGUAAUUUGCACUGGGGGUGGCACAACGAUGAUGUCAUUUCGUUCGAUGGGAACCUUUGGUUUGUUAAUCUGUGGAGGGGUCUCAUCAGCUGCAACCCGUUCAGUGAUCAUCCUGUUCUGCAGUUUCACCAGCUCCCAGAGCAUAUCCCGAUAGAAGACCAAAACAAAUCACAGCGUGAUAUUGAGGCUGAUCGCUGUGUCAGGGUUAGCAAAGAGAGAUUGCGCUACGUGGAGAUAACCCGUGUACACAAUGCUCCAGUUGAGUCAACUACUGUUGUUGUUUGGGUGCUGAUCUGCGGUCCGAGAAGCAUGUCGUAUUGGAAGACCAAUUGCAUGGCAUUUCUUGGGGACAUUUGGGAGAAUGAGACCUACAAGGCAACGGGUUUGCCCAACCAGGUCCCAAUCCUUGCAGGCAUACACCCCAGCAACCCUGAUUUGGUUUACUUCUUUCUGGAGCAUCACCUGUUUGGCGUCAAUCUGUACAAGAAGAUGGUUAUUCACUUUGUCGAUGAACAUUACCAGCUUUUGCAGCCAAUUGUUCGCUCCCGCUCGCUGCAGCCACUCUCUUGGCACCAAGUACAGCUUUGGAAGCUACCUCCGUCACUUCACGCAGGUUCAAUAGAACUGUCAGCACAGCACGCUAGUGACUUAGGUAACCUCCACCUGAAGGCUGCUCAGCUACGGCGUCAAGAACAUGCUUUAAAGAGACGUGAAAAGAUGAUUGAGAUGCGAGAGGAAUCAGUGCAAGGAUUGCACAAAUCACUUUUGGCACCCGAGGAAAAGAAGGACGACUCUCGCUGGGAUAAGGUCCAGAUCGUGAUUCUUGCCGUACUGAUAUCUGGACUUUCCCUUCUGUUCCCAUUCCUACCUUGGCUCCCCUAUGAGUAUCUCAGCACAAUAGUGAUAGCAUUUAGCAUUGUAGUGGGUUGCUGCUGCAUUGCUCUGCCUUGUGCUCUUUUUGGCUCAAACAAGUGGCAGACUUGCUGUGGAGAGAGUGUUGCACGAGUAGGCUUCAUGCUUUUUUCACUGUUUGUCUUGUACUGCCUGUAUCGAAUGGCACUUGAUCCUACACUGGAGAUGACUGGCCACUCUGCCCCUCCAGCUCCGGCUGACCCAGGGUUUGCAUGGAAAUUGAUGAGGACCUACGAAGCACUUGCAGUUGUAGUAACAUCGGGACAGGUCAUCUCUUGGGUUUUGAGUUGUUGCUGUGGAAAGACAUAGAUGACCAGGAAGUAUUCAGAGGUACAUACUUUGGAGGUUGGUUUCUGGAUCACAAAGUAUCCAUAUCCGUAGUGAAGGUAGCAAGUUUUGACACGGGAGUUGAGAUUUACUGACCAAGGAUAUCCAUUUUUCGUUUUAGGACUUGGAUAUUGUUUUUUGGGCCACGGUAUCACAUUUUAGUGCUCUGUAGCAUUCCCUUUUGAAGAAUUGAAUGAUACUGUUACAUUACAAAUCAUCAAUCAAUAACUCCCCUAACCAUCCCCUUUUUCUCCGAUUUUUCAUUUUUUUUCUGGCUAUCUGGUUGUUUUACACGUCUCCGUUUACUGUUAUCUGCUCCUCGGCCUAAUCUGCAUGCUUAUGCGUUGCCGGUGCGCCGGUUGGCUGCUUGAUUAUACCGGUUAAUUACGUAUUUAGUUUGUUCAUUUGGGGUGUGGUUGCCGGUCAUUGUGACGGUUGUUUCCGGUUGGCUGGUGCGUUGAGUGACGCGUGCCAUGCUGUCAUUUUUUGUUUUGAUCUACUUGUUUCUUCUGUUAUUUCAGAUCGGUCUAUCGGUUAUGCAUUCUGUGCCUUUGUGACUUUUUGUUUAGGUCCUUGCUAUUGUUGAAAAUUGAAUGUGAAGAAGACAAAAUUCUGUUUUUGGGGUGUGUUUGUGGUUUCUUCUUUUGCUGGGUAUGGAGGUGCGAUUUUCCCCAUCUGCAGUCUUCCGUUCUGGGCGCGCGUCUUCGUGCUCUCCGGUGAGAGCGACAUGGGCGGCCGCGGCGGCGUCCACCACCGGCGCUGGGACGGCGUAGUGCCGCCCUAGUACCUUUACCAUCCAAGCCUUUCCAACAUUGCAAUGUUACCAGUCUGAAGCUUUCUAACAAUAGCACGGCAUAGAAAUAUUAUCUCUCUGAGGAUGAAUCAUUUUACUCAACUAAGGAUGGAUCGUCAUGGUUCCCUUUCUAUUUCUCUUUUGGUCCUAUGUAUAUACGCAAACUGGAAAGGAAACGGAGAUCUAUGUAUA